AUGGCUGACGUAGCAAAAGCGAAAAAGGCCCGUUCGGUUGCGAAGUCAGCUGUCACCCGCAUUUCCGCAUCCUGUAGUUCAACUACUACGCCGCCUCCAAGUGGUAAAGUCACUUCUUCAACUUCGUCUACCACGGCCAAAAAGCUGAACAUCAGAACAGAGAAAGCCCCGUUACCUAAAUUCGAUGGGAACGUCAUAGAGUACUUCGAUUUCAAGCGUGACUUUAAAUUCUUGGUCGAUGGUCGGUAUCCUCCAGAGGAAGCGCUGUAUGUUCUGAAAACUUGUCUCGGCCAUAAGCCAGCGGAUUGGAUUCAGAGUGAACGUGAUUAUGAGGCUGCUUGGACGGCAUUAGAUGACAAGUAUGGCAAUCCGCGCCUUGCAUCUGAUGUGUUGAUCGGGACAUUGAAUAAGUUCAGAUCGCCGCCGGAGAAUGAUCUCACGCAGUUCGUUGAGUUACAUCAUCUGAUCAAGAAAAUUCAUAACUCGCUGAGUGAGCUGAAACGUCCCGGAGAUCUUGACAAUUCUACCACGAUUGGUCUGAUCGAAAAGAAACUGCCUCACGCUGAUAGACUGAAGUGGGCUACCCAUCAACAGACUAAGAAAAUUUCGCCUUCCGUGGGUACACUUCUCAACUGGAUGAAGGGUGAGAUCUGGAUUCGUCAAGUUGCUGGAGCGGACAUUCGUAGUUCGAAAUCUAACUCUGCGAAACAUUCUGUGAAUACCGCCAGCGCUAGUACUCAUAAAAGUGAUCAGAUUGCGUCAUCGCAGACCACAGUGACAAUGCGCAGUGACAAUUCAGGUAGGCCUAGUGGUUCAGGACAAACCGCAGAACAAACCGCAGGACAAACCACAGGUGAUUGGUCUUGUUGGGUUUGUAAACAGAAACACAGUCCUUGGGAAUGCGAGAAAUUCAAAUCUAUGGAUCUCAAAACAAGACUGGCUGAAGUCCGCAAGGUUAAAGCGUGUUACUUUUGUCUCCGCAUACACCGUGGAUCGUGUCGCUAUCGAAAGCGCUGCGUUAUCACAACUGAUGACAAACCCUGUCCAUAUAGUCAUCAUCAGCUGUUACAUGGUGCGCCUUUUGACCGCGCUUCGGUUGAAACCUCCUCUGUUCCUUGUAGUGAAAAUCUACUUCCGGUUGUUAGUGUCAACGGUGUCAAUCCGGAAACGCACGAAACCAUAACCGCAACACUGUUGUUUGAUAGUGGAUCGCAGGUUUCAUUGAUACGCGAUGGGUAUGCUCAUGAUUUGGGAUUAGUUGGUCAGGACAUGGUGUUAAAUAUUUGUAAAGUAGGGGGUCAGGAAGAGCUUUUGGAGACGAAGAUCUACAAAUUGCAGCUACAACCAGUAGGCAGUGCGUCGCGUCAUAGCAUCCGAGUUAUCGCAAUCCCGAAGAUCGGUGAGGACAUCAAGAGUGUUGACCACCAACGUUUGACAGAGAUCUUUCAAAUCAACUCUGCUGCGUUGAACCGGGGGUCAGGGCCAAUUGAUGUGCUACUCGGUAUCGAUCACGCGAACUUUCAUGGUGGGACAACGGAAGUUAGCGGUCAGUUCGUUAUGCGUCAAUCUCUACUCGGUCCUGUCAUCUUUGGGUCGUCGUCAUUCAUCAAUUCUGAUUCUGUUUACGGACAGUUCCACGUGUCUUUACAAGAGCCCGUCGACAUUACGGCAUUUUUGACAUCGGAGCAGAUGGGAGUAGCCGUGAAUCCAUGCUGUACGAGACAGACAUCCUAUGAGAAGUCCCUGUCAACACUUGAGAAAAAAGAGGCCAAGAUGAUCCGUGACAGCGCUCAGAAGAUAGGAAACCAAUGGAUGAUCCCGUUACCUUGGUAUCGUGAUCCCUCUGAUCUACCAGACAACUACAACCAGGUGAAAGCUAAACUCAUUAGCACCGAAAGACGUCUUCAAAGGAAUCCGGAGCACGCCAAAAUGUACGAUCAGCAGGUGAGUGAUUUGGUAGAAAGAGAAGCAGCCAGGAAAUUAACCCAGGAGGAAGUUAGAAACCACGAUGGUCCAGUUCAUUACAUCAGUCAUCAUGCUGUGCUGCGUCCGGAGAAAAAGUCAACUCCUUGUCGUCUAGUCUUCAAUUCAGUUGCUAGUUUUCAGGGACAUGUCUUGAACAAAUACCUGCGCAAAGGUCCUGAUUUAUUGAAUAAUCUACCUGGUGUUCUCCUGAAGUUUCGCGAAAAUCCGGUUGCGCUUAUUGGGGAUAUUUCCAAGAUGUAUCAUCAGGUGUUAGUUGAUCCUGUCCGUGAUGCGCAUACUCAUAGAUUUCUGUGGAGAAACUUCGAAAACCGCCCUCCAGAUAUUUAUGUGAAGCAGGUUCUAACGUUCGGAGAUAUUUCGUCGCCAGCAUUAGCCAAUACAGCCUUGGACAUGACAGCAGAAGCACACGAAGAACGAUACCCGGAGGCAGUUGCAACAAUCAAGGAUUGUCGGUAUAUUGACGAUAUAGGGGAUUCGCUCAGGACAACCCCAGUCGUAAUUAAACGCGCGGAAGAGGUCGAUGUGAUCCUCGACACAGGUCAUUUCACAGUCAAGGAAUGGAUGUCAAACCAACCAUUGAAUGGAGAAUCGAAAGAAGAAUGGGACCCACCAGACGAGAAGUUCUUGGGAGUUGUAUGGGACCGGAAAAACGAUGAAAUCUCUGUCUCUGUGAAACCCCCCAAGUGUUUCGUAACGAGUGAUGGACAACUACAAUGGCAGAUCCCAGACAAGCUAACCAAGCGGCUGGUACUUAGCGCUUUAGCGGGAGUGUUUGAUGUUGUUGGCCUAGCUGCACCGGUUAUCAUCGUUGCGAAGAUCUGGCUGCAGGAACUUUGGAAAAACAACUAUGGUUGGGAUGAAAACCUUCCGGAACCAGUCACAAAGAAGUGGAUAAAGUGGUUUGAGGAGCUACAAAGUCUGAAGUCAUUCAAGGUUGAGCGAUGCCUAACUCCACCAGACGCUGAGGGACGCCCAGUGUUGGUCAUCUUCUGUGACGCCGCCUUGAACGGAUUCGGAGCAGUCGGAUACAUGCACUGGAAAACAUCUGAUGGGUACCAAACGCGAUUCGUUCUUGCCAAAUCUAGGGUUGCCCCGCUUAAACCACUCACUAUACCGCGCUUAGAAUUACAAGCAGCUGUCAUGGCCAGUCGAUUGAACGAAACGAUUCUAGCUGAAACCCGGUUUGAACUGGAUAAGACAAUUCUGUUCUCGGAUUCAAUGAUCGUACUCUCAUGGAUUAGGCAGGAGCCGAGGAGUUUCAAAACAUUCGUGUCGCAUCGCAUCGGUGAAAUCCAAAUGAAGACAAACGUAGAAGACUGGAGAUACUGUCCAACGGAACUGAACAUCGCGGAUGACGUCAGCAGAGGAUGCUCAGUUGAAGAGUUGAGAGAACAGUGCUGA